AUGGGUUCUGCAGGGUCUCCGGGUUGGUGCCGGUGCCUGGGGGUCCCAGGGGGGGCUGUCCCCGUCCUGCCCACGUCCCCGCAGGUCUCGGAGCUCGGCCUGGAGAGCGAGGUCCUGCCCGUCCCCGGGGACCACCCGGCCUCCAGGCACCGCUUCCUCUACGCCGCCGGCGCCCUGCACAAGCUGCCCUCGGGGCUGGGGGGGCUGCUGCGGCCGGUGCCCCCCUUCUCGAGGGCGCUGCUGUGGAGCGGGCUGCGGGACCUGCUGGCGCCGGCCGGGAAGGAGCCUGACGAGAGCGUGCACGCCUUCGCCCGCCGCCGCUUCGGCCGGGAGGUGGCCGACAUCGCGGUGGACAGCCUGUGCCGGGGGGUGUUCGCCGGGGACUGCCGGGAGCUCAGCGUCCGCUCCUGCUUCCCCGCGCUCUUCCACGCCGAGCGGCGCCGGCGCUCCGUGCUGCUGGGGCUGGCGCUGGGCCCGGGGCAGGAGCGCGGGGCCGAGUCGGGGCUGAGCCAGCGGGCGCGCGCCGAGCGCUGGAGCCAGUGGUCGCUGCGGCGCGGGAUGGAGAGCCUGCCCGAGGCGCUGGCCGCCUUCCUGCGCCCCCGCGGCGUCGAGCUGCGCUGCCACGCGCCCCUGCGCAGCCUGCGGCGCCACCACGACGGCCGCUGGCAGCUCACCCUGGCAGACGGCACCGUGACAGCCGACCACGUCAUCAGCGCCCUCCCAGCCGCAGCCCUGGCGGAGGUGCUGCCGGCCGAGGCCGAGCCGCUGGCGCGGGAGCUGCGGCGCAUCCCCACGGUGGCGGUGGCCGUGGUGAACCUGCAGUACGAGGGCGUCACGCUGCCCGUCACGGUGAGAGCCCAGCGCCCCAGGGACCCCCCCCCCCCC